CAUUCACCCUCCCUUUCAGACAAUGUGCUUAUCAAUCACUUUCCUCAUUUUUAUUUUGCUUCCCCUUUGGUUCUCUCUUGGAACAAUGUCAACAUCAAUGAUGGGUGGGUUUGGAGAGCGAAAACAAAUAAGGAGGCCUGCUCAAGCUAGCUCCAGAAAAGGGUGCAUGAGAGGCAAGGGAGGUCCAGAGAAUGCUCUCUGCACUUACAAAGGUGUCAGGCAGAGAACUUGGGGCAAAUGGGUGGCUGAAAUUCGUGAACCCAACCGUGGUGCUCGUCUUUGGCUUGGAACUUUUGACACCUCUCAUGAAGCUGCAAUGGCUUAUGAUGCUGCCGCUCGCAAACUCUACGGCUCUGAAGCCAAGCUCAACUUGCCAGAGUUAUGUGUCGGCCCUCGGUAUCCACCACCUUCAACCAAUACUCAGGCUGCUGCAAUGGGGAACCAAACUCAAAACCUGAAUAAUUCAGGUACGUGUUCAUCAAAUAGCCCAAUAAUUAUCAGGACCAAUGAUGUACAACCUGUGUACAACAAUGACUCAGUCAUAUCUUUCCCCAACGAGAAAAUUGAUUCUCAAGGGAACCCGGGUGGGAACAAUGCAAAAUUAGGACAAAAUGAAGAUGGAAUUGACGGGUUUUGGGAAAAUAUGUGUGUGAACUUGCCCGUCUUAGAUGAAUCGAUUUGGGCUGAAGCUGCUAUCUCAUUAGAUUUUCCAGUGAUGGAUGAUCCUGGCAGUUUCGCAAGCAGCCUUGUGGAUGUAACUGGCUGGGACGCCUUGCAAUCCCCCUGGUGCAUGUAAACCAAAGCUAGAUGUUAACUUACGUGGAAACCUGAAACUAUACAUACUUAGGGAUAGGGUGCAUAUAUGUGUAUAUAGAUAUUAUAAAUGUUGUGUCCUUACUGUCUACACUCUACAGUCUAUACUCAUAUAGUAAUAGCCAUGAAUACAUCAUGGGUUUUUCUGGGUUUGUCUUGGCUUAAGGGGUUUGUUUUGUUUUGUUUUGUUUUGUUUUUUUACGUUUUUGUUUCUGUAAGUGUAUAUAUAAGUCACGUGCUGUUCUAGCCGGCUUCUGUGUCGAAGCGUAUAACGUUUGUAUAAAAUCAACAUGUGCAAUAUAUGUCUUGUCAUAGAAUAAUUUCUAAGACUACUUAGUGGAAAAUAUAUAUAUAGAAAAAAAAUGUUACAUUA